AUGGCUUUCAAACAAAGUAUCUUAUUCUUAAUUGCUUUAUCAUUAUUCAACAUCGUUUUAGGUGCCCCAGCUCCAGUUACUGGUGGAAAACAAAAUAUCAUUGUCAUGAUUGGUGAUGGUAUGGGUCCAGACUCUAUGAAUUUAGCUAGAGUCUACAAGCAAUAUACCGAUAACUUAGAUAUUGAUGCUAGAUUAAACUUAGAUCCUUACUUGAUUGGAUCCCUUAGAACCAGAUCUUCAAGUUCUUUAAUUACUGAUUCAGCUGCUGCCGGUACUGCUUUUGCUGUUGGUCAAAAAACUUAUAAUGGAGCUAUCAGUGUUGAUGAUGACAAAUUACCAAUUGGUUCUCUUGCUGAAGCCUUAAAACUUCAAAAAGGUUAUAAAAAUGGGGUUGUUGUCAAAUCAACUUUAACUGAUGCUACCCCAUCUGUUUGGGGUGCCCAUAAUGAAACCAGAAAAAAUCAAGAUAACAUUGCUGAACAAUUAUUCGGUGAAGGUAAAUUCGGUGUUGUUCUUGAUUAUAUGUCCGGUGGUGGUAAAUGUUAUUGGGUUCCAAAAGAUCAAGAAGACUCUUGCAGAAAAGAUGACAGAGAUUUAAUUGCUGAAUGGAAAGAUAAAGGUUAUACUUUCUUCGAAACUAAACCAGAAUUCGAUGAAUAUUUAAACAGCGGUGAAUUAACUUUACCAGCUUUAAGUUUCUGGGGUAAUGAAGAUGUUGAUUACGUUAUUGACAGAAACUCUGACACUACUCCAACUUUGGCUGAUCAAUCAAGAUUAGCUUUAAACACCUUAACUAAAGCUACUGCUGAUUCCGAUUCCGGUUUCUUCUUAAUGAUUGAAGGUUCUUUAAUCGAUCAUUGUGGUCACGAUAAUGAUGCUGCUUGUCAUCCAAGAGAAACCAUUGAAUUCGAUGAUGCUUUUGCUGUUGUUAAAGAAUACGUCGACAACUCUGAUAUCCCAACCAUAGUCUUAAUCACUGCUGAUCAUUCAACUGGUGGUUUAGCUUUAGGUUAUAAUGAUAUGGAAUCUUGGUAUCCAGAAGUUUUAUUCAACAAAUCCCACUCAUCUGCUUACUUUGAAAGCAAAGUCUUAGAAUUGAAUGAAACUGAUGUUGAUAACACCACCAUUUCUGAUUUUAUUAAAGAUUGGGUUGUUACUGAAUUACAAGUUGAAGAUGCUACUGAAGAAGAAAUCGAAACUGUUUUAGAAGCUGUAAGAGGAGAUGGUGAUGUUGUUCAUGCCAUUGGUCCUAUCACUUCUAACAGAGCUGCUAUUGGUUGGACUACUGGUGGUCACACCAAUGUUGAUGUUAAUCUUUAUGCUUACACCAACUCUGAAGAUUUUGAAAAACAAUAUUCUAACUUUGAAGCUGAUGUUGGUUUAGCUGGUAACCAUGAUAACACCGAACUUAAUGCUUUCUUAGCUAAAUUGGCUGGUGUUGAUUUGAAUGCUGUUACUGAACAAUUAAGAGCUUAG